AUGCGGCUGCUGCAAUCGAUGUCACGGCGUCAUUGGAUGAGGCUCAAGUCGGAUGUGGUCGCUCGAGCCACUGCUCUGACUCCUACGGACGCAGAACGCACGACGGUUGCAGCACUACUGUUGAAAGUGAAAGGAGCAAUCGACAAAGUAAUGACUACACCCGAUUGCGUGCCGGGAGUGAGAUUUGAAGAAUACCGUGAGGUUGGCUCCUUCAAAAAGGAUACAGCUUUAACGGGGCAUACUGUUGCUGAUAUCCGUAAUAACUAA